AAUGACGUAAACUCCCCGCUAAAUUAAAAACAAAUAUAUUUUUAAGGAAUACUGCGCUCUUUAGGCUCACUCGCUGGAGUUUUAUAACGCGUUGUUCUCAGUACCAAACAAAUGAUCUUAACUUUUGAAUGGUUGACACAGUAGUGAGUUAUAUAACACACUUUUUUGUAGCCCAGUGUUAACUUUUAAAGCAGCUGGGAUUGCAGAAGACAAUGUCUGGCGCAUUGGUCAAUGCACCCACGAAACCCUAGCUUUUGGGGUCAGCGAAUUCUACUUCAGCUGGGUCAGCAAGUUGGCCUGGAGCAUAGUGUGGUAAGAUAGUUCCCAUCGGAAGCCAGUCAGUUCUGCCUUCACCAUGUCGGCGAUCAACACGUUCGUGACGCUGUGGCGCUUCCUGUUCACCCUGGGCCCCUCGGCCAUGAUCCUCCUGCUCCUGAACAAGGGCAUCCUCGAGCAGAGGCCGGACAUUGUGGACGAAGCGCAUCGCGUGCGCUCGAUCCACAUCGAAAAUCUACGGAGCUCCUACGAUUUCAUCGUGAUUGGCGGCGGUACGGCGGGCUGUGUCUUGGCCUCCAGACUCUCGGAGAAUCCGCAGUGGAGUGUUCUGCUGCUGGAGGCCGGCGGCGAUGAGCCCCUGCUCAUGGAUCUGCCGCAGCUGUAUCCGGUGUUCCAGCGCAGCCCCUGGGACUGGAAGUACUCCACGGAGCCCUCGGACCGCUACUGCUUGGCCAUGGAGGAUCAGCGCUGCUUCUGGCCCAGGGCCAAGGUCCUGGGCGGCUGCAGCUCCAUCAAUGCCAUGAUGUACAUCCGCGGCAACAGGCGGGACUACGAUUACUGGGCGGAGCAGGGCAAUCCCGGCUGGAACUAUGACAACAUCCUGCACUAUUUCCGCAAGGCGGAGGACAUGCGUGUGCCGGGGUUCGAGCACAAUCCCUACCACGGCCACGGUGGACCCAUCUCCGUGGAGAGAUACAGGUUUCCCUCGCCGCUUUUGGAUGUCUUCAUGACGGCCGCCCAGCAGAUGGGCAUGGUCAACCCCGAAGCGGACUUUAAUGGUCGUUCCCAGACGGGAUUCGCCCCGCCGCAUGGAACUCUGAGAGAUGGUCUGCGUUGCAGUGCCAACAAGGGCUACCUCCGGCGCAGUUGGCAGCGUCCCAACUUGGACAUUGUGCUGAAGGCCUUCGUGGAGCGCAUCCUCAUUGAUCCGCAAUCCCAUCGAGCGGUGGGAGUGCGCUUCGAGUACGGUCUUCUCAAGCACUCGGUCAGUGCCAAAAGGGAGGUGAUCCUCUCGGCCGGUUCGCUAGCUAGUCCCCAACUCCUGAUGGUCAGCGGCGUGGGGCCCAGGGAGCAGCUGGAGCCACUGGGCAUCCCGGUGCUGCAGCACCUGCCCGGCGUGGGCGGCAACCUCCAGGAUCACGUCUCCACCUCGGGAGCCAUCUACACCUUCGACAGUGGUGAGAAUCGACACCUCUCGUUUAUUGUCCCUGAAAUGAUGAACGAGCAGGCGGUGGAGGACUUUGUCCAAGGGUCCGACAGCUUCUUCUACGCCAUGCCCGUGAGCGAGGUGAUGGGCUUCUUCAGCACUCGUUAUCAGGAUCCCCGUUUGGAUUGGCCGGACAUCCAGCUGUUCAUGGGCAGUUAUGGCUAUGGAGCAGACGGUGGAAUGAUUGGUCGCCGGGGAGCCGCCAUCACGCUGGACAACUACGCCGAGACCUUUGAGCCUGUGCUCUACCAGGACUCCUUUGUGAUAGCUCCACUGCUGAUGCGUCCCCGCUCGCGGGGAUAUCUGCAGAUACGCUCGGCGGAUCCCAAGAUCCAUCCCCUGAUCCAUGCCAACUACUACGACGAUCCCCUGGACAUGGCCGUGAUGGUGGAGGGCCUGAAGAUGGCCCACCGCCUGACCCAGACGCCGGUGAUGCAAGCCCUGAACGCCACCAUGAACAUCUACGAGUGGCGCAACUGUCCCGAGGUGGAGUACCUCAGCGACGCCUUCUGGGAGUGCCUGGCCAGAUUCUACUCGCAGACGAUCUACCAUCCGGUGGGCACCUGCAAGAUGGCGCCCACAUCGGAUCCCGGCGGCGUGGUGGAUCCCCGACUCAGGGUCCGGGGAAUGCGGGGCCUGCGGGUCAUCGAUGCCAGUAUCAUGCCCACCAUUCCCACGGGAAACACCAAUGCCCCCACUUUCAUGAUCGCGGAAAGGGGCGCGGAUAUAAUCAAGGAGGAUUGGCGGCACUACAGAGAUGGCGGCUGGAGUUAGGUACUAAAUUGUUAUGCCUUUUUAUACCUUUUACAAAAUUAAAUAAAAUAAUUUCUAA